GCAAAGGAGGUGGCGAAGCUGCUGGAGAUGAAGGCUCAACUGGGAGGAGAAGAGGGGAAACACAAAUUUGUGCUCAAGACCCCGAAGGGCACACGGGACUACAGCCCCAAGCAAAUGGCCAUUCGUGAGAGAGUCUUCAACGCGAUCAUCACCUGCUUCAAGCGCCACGGAGCAGAAGUCAUUGAUACGCCAGUGUUUGAGCUGAAGGAGACGCUGACAGGGAAAUAUGGUGAAGACUCGAAGCUCAUCUAUGAUCUGAAAGAUCAAGGAGGAGAACUGCUGUCCCUGCGUUAUGACCUGACAGUGCCUUUUGCUCGCUAUUUGGCGAUGAACAAGAUCACCAACAUUAAGCGCUACCACAUCGCUAAGGUCUACAGACGAGACAACCCGGCCAUGACCAGGGGCCGCUACAGGGAGUUCUACCAGUGUGAUUUUGACAUCGCCGGGCAGUUCGACCCGAUGAUUCCCGAUGCCGAGUGCCUGAAGAUCGUGCACGAGAUCCUGAGUGACCUGCAGCUCGGGGACUUUCUCAUUAAGGUCAACGAUCGGCGCAUCCUUGAUGGGAUGUUUGCAGUUUGUGGUGUCCCAGACAGCAAGUUCCGAACGAUCUGCUCCAGCGUUGACAAACUGGAUAAGAUACCGUGGGAAGAAGUGAGGAGCGAGAUGGUAGGAGAGAAGGGGCUCUCUCCCGAGGCUGCGGAUCGCAUCGGGGAGUAUGUCCAGCUUCACGGUGGCCUGGACCUGAUUGAGCGGCUUCUCCAGGACCCAAAGCUGUCCCAGAACAAGCUGGCCAAGGAGGGUCUGGGGGACAUGAAGCUGCUGUUUGAGUACCUGACGCUGUUUGGCAUCGCAGGGAAGAUCGUGGCUGUAGGCGGUCGCUACGACGGGCUGGUGGGGAUGUUUGAUCCCAAGGGACGGAAGGUGCCCUGCGUGGGGGUCAGCAUUGGGAUCGAGCGGAUCUUCUCCAUCCUAGAGCAGAGAGUAGAGGCCUCUGAGGAAAAGAUCAGGACAACAGAGACACAGGUGCUGGUGGCCUCUGCCCAAAAGAAGCUCCUUGAAGAGCGGCUGAAGCUCAUCUCUGAGCUGUGGGAUGCUGGAAUCAAGGCAGAAAUGCUGUACAAGAAGAACCCCAAACUGCUGAAUCAGCUGCAGUACUGCGAGGACACGGGCAUCCCUCUUGUUGCCAUUGUGGGUGAGCAAGAGCUCAAGGAUGGAGUCGUCAAGCUGCGGGUCGUGGCAACCAGGGAGGAGGUCAAUGUUCGCAGAGAGAGUCUGGUUGAGGAGAUCAGGAUGCGAACGAGCCAGCCUUAA